AUGUAUCGGAGUGUGUGUGUUCCGGUGCCACUGCUGACUCUCCUGGCGCUAACGCUCGCCUUGCCCACGGGCCAGGCCUGUCCCAGGAGCUGUAACUGCUACCAGGCCAGCGAAGUCCACUGCACCUUUCGUUCCCUGCUCAUCAUACCUCCUGGCCUGCCUGCGCACACACGUCGCAUAAACUUAGGGUUCAACAGCAUCAGCAGGAUCCAUGACAGUUCUCUGGCAGGGCUAAAGAAGGUGGAGCUUCUGAUGCUCCACAGCAAUGACCUCCAGCAUCUUCCAGAUGCAGCGUUCAGGGAUAUGAAAUCACUGCAGAUAUUAAAGCUGAGCUAUAACAAGCUGAGAGAGAUCUCUUCAUCGCUGACCUUCUCUGGCCUGACCUCACUGCUGCGUCUGUACUUGGAUCACAACCUCCUCCAGCACAUCCACCCCUGGGCCCUGCUCCAGCUGCCUAGCCUCAGGCUGCUACGUCUGCAAGGGAACAGGCUGCAUCAGCUGCACCCUCACACUCUGUGCACACUGUCCCUCCUGAAUACAUAUUACUUCUCCACACUCAGACACCUCGACCUGUCCAACAACAGUCUCACCACUCUGCCCAGAGAGACCUUAGCGACAGCGCCUCUGCUGGAGAGUCUUGUGCUGCAGGCUAAUCCUUGGAGUUGUGACUGUCGGAUGAACUGGUUUCUCACUUGGACUCUGGCUCAUCCAGGCUUAAUGAAAUGUCCCAGUGGUCCUCAGUGUCCAACCUGUGACUCGCCAACUUCCCUUCAAGGACAGGGCUUGCUUGAGCAGACUGACCUGUCGUGCACCUCACCUGUCAUCUCCUCCCCUGGAACAGACACACCUUCGGAGACAGAAAUCAGUGAAAUCCAAUCACGUGACACCUUCAGAGAGCCUUUAGGUUUCGCCUCUCUGGGUCUGUCGGACCAACAGGGGAACAGCGUUGAUCUGAGUUGUAACAUCACUCGUUCUUCCGAGUCCCAGGAUAUUGCUCCUCCUCCAGAUCUCUCCCUGGCCUCCGCUUCUCCUCUCCCCCUUGCUAUGUCACUCUCCCUGGAGUGUCCUGUGGCGAGACAGAGCUAUGAGACACUUUGGAGGAUCUUAGCUUACUACAGCGAGACCGCGGUUCGCCUGGAGAGGGAGAUCAUGCUGAGCAAAGCCCCGGCACUGGCCUACCGCUACAGACAGGCAGCAGAGACAGAUGGAUAUUAUCACACUGGAGUCAAAGCUUCUGUCAAAGCCAGACCACAGUGGUUGCUACAGCCAGCCAUUAGCAUUCAGCUGAACAGAGCGCAGUCCAACGGACACAAAGUUCAACUUAUAUACUCAACAAGAGUUUCUGCUUAUCCCGACCCUACCUCUCAUCCCUCAACAUCCUCCCCUACCUCUCAGCCAUGGGUGCUGAUUUCAACUAAUCACACCACCACAGCACUGGCAGCAGCAGCAGGGAGUAAGGUGGAGCUAUCCUGCCCUCUUCUGAGUUCUGGUAACCCCACAGUGCAGUGGAUUCUCCCAGAUGGAUCCAAGCUCAUCUCCCCCUCCAAAAGCCUAGAUGGUAGGCUAUGGGCCUCAAACUCUGGUUUACUUCUACACAAAGUGCAGCUCUCAGAUGCUGGGAUCUACUACUGCAUAGCCCGGGCAGGCAGGGAUGUAGAUGUUCUCCCCCUGCGUCUGGCAGUAGAGGAGUCCUCUGUUCCACCUUCAGGAGAGGAAGUGGGACCUCCUGUCACCGGAACAGUUGGGGAGCCUGUCAGCCUCUCCUGCAAGGCAUCUGGCUCACCAGUGCCUCAUAUGAGUUGGGUGUUACCGGAUGGAAACAUAGUACGGUGGGGAUUAGCUGUAUCAGGUGGGCUCACUAUACAAUCAAAUGGGAGUCUUUCCCUGUCUAACCCCUCUAAGAGGGAUGCUGGUCAUUACCGCUGCAUUGCAGUCAACCAGUACGGUAGUGACUCUCUGUCCAUGCAGUUGGAAUUACACUCUCGACAUCCCCCUCCACUGAGGACCUCAUUUCCCAGAGGGCCGCAGUCAGCUGCUGGCCGGUCAACCAAGAUACGAGCUCCAUUAUUACAUCAAGUGGAGGAAGGAUCAGGGGACGAAGAGGAAGAAGAAGAGAGAACACUUAUUGGCAGUAGGAAGCUUCCAAGACCUUUCCAACCCUCCCCAAACAGACGUUAUCCAAUCGGAAAACCCAGAAGACGUGGGCCUAUGAGAGAAGGAUCCCUGAGAAGAGGUGGAGGGCCUGUUUCGUCCAUUGACCAGAGAAGAAACCGCUUUGAGAACAGACACAGAGUUACCACAAACAAACAAAGGAUAGACCCUCAGAAGUGGGCUGACCUCCUGGCAAAGAUACGACAAAAGACUGCUCACACUAAUAGCAGCCAGCCCAUCGCGGCAGGGACGCCCACAGCUGAACCGACAGGAAGAGGCAAAGGCGGAGAUACAGGAAGACAUGAGGGAGAUGAUGACACAGAGAGAAGUGGAGCCGAGGGAGCAGAAACUGAAGGGUCAUCUGUUGAUGACACUGAUCUACAAGAGGAAGGCCUACAGCCCGUUCGCCCUGUCCUCACAGAUACACAACCACACACAGAGACAGAACCAGACACUGAAGCUGACACUGAGACAAUGAAAGGGACUGCGAGGACAACAGAAACACCGACAGAUAUAGAGAACGAGGCGGAGACACAUAUACAGAUAUAUACAUAUACAGAGAACGCAGGUUCACCGACAGAGGCAGCGACAAACUCAGAGACGUGGAAGGAGCAGGUCACAUCUAAGCCAAUCUCAGGAAAAAAUGAAAUUAUGCCUGAACCAGGUGAAGGAGAUGAGCGUGAAGCAAACCCCAACCCAUCUAGAAUCAGGCCUCAAAGACCCUGGCAGGGACUCCUCCCUAAUUUGGUUCCAAACUCUCGACCUCAAAACCCUUGGAACUCUCGCAGGAGGAUCGGACAGCGUAGACGAAUCAUGAACAGGACCAGGGGGCGACCUCUGACCCCUCCCCGACCUCUCCCUGACCCAGCAUCACAAACUGUGACACCAGACGCUACCACAAAUCAAACUGACAUGUUGUUGCUGGCGUCAACAACCACAUCUCCUGCUAUUUCGUUAACAGGGAGAGAUCACAUGAGGAACGGCGUGGCACAGAAUCCUCUGUCUGUCCUGGUUUCUAACACCGUUGUUAUCGCCACUUCAAAUUCUGCCUCCCCCUCGCUGACUCCCUCUCCCUCCUCUCUCACUUCAUCAUCCCCCUCUCACACAAAUGCACAUAAAGACAUGAUGACUCACUCAGCCAACAUCCCAGACGCUGCAGAGUCCACUCUCUUCAGCACACCGACACCAGCACCGGCUCAGCCUGACGCUACGAUCGCACAGACGCAUGAGCCAGCAGCAGACGGCAGGACGCACACACAUGGCGCACAGACGCACGAAGAAACACACUCGCCUUCAGGCAAACAUGUCGACAGACCCUCAAGCAAACACGGCGAAGAGCUGGAGAGGAAUUUGUUGGAUGUACCGUAUGCGUGGCACUCCUCCACCUCUCUCUCGCCCACUCUCUCCUUCACUGCUUCCUCCACCGUCCCCACUGCUACCGCUACUGCUGCACCCACUACUGUGAAAAUCACAACAACUCCUACAGCUACUCUCAAAAGUACUCAUUCUGCUAGCUUUGCAGGAAGCACUGCAAGUACACCUACUACUACUGCUAGUGAGGACACGCUUCCCACAACAACUACAAUUACUCCUAUUACUGCAAGUCCCAUCACAUCUACUACAUCUAACAAUAUUAUUCCAACAUCUAGCACUACCAGAAGUACUACAACUACUCUUACCUCUACUACUACUACUACUACUAGUACCACAACUCCUAUUCUUACAUCUACUAUUCCCACUACUACUACUACAACUAGCCCCUCUAUAACUUUUACUACUACUACUACUGCUACUAGUACUACAGUUUCAUUCAAAGCUAUUCCCAUGACUCCUAAACCCACUACUACUACUGCUACAACUACUAAAACUACUACUCCUACCACUACUACCAGAAUGACCAUGUCAGCCAAAACUUCUCCAACCACCACAAAGGCAGCUACACCCAGUGCACCUUCUACUAACACAACAAUGACAUCAACAAGUACCACAGCAUCAUCCAGAGAGAGGCCAAGCGUUGGCCAAGCUGACCCCAGAGGGAGGCCUGUUUCUGGGGCUCCAAACCAGAGCCGACCCCCCACUGACUGGAAGAACCCUGGAGCUAAUUCUAUUCCAGAUUCACACAGCGGCAGGCCACACUGGCCCUCCUCCCCCUCGCUCCCUGCUGCUCCUGGGGCCCCAGUUUUGAGAUCCAGACCCAGGAUUGCAGACCCGCACAUCAGGACAGUGUCGUUCCCAGCGGAGAGCACUGCAAGGCUGGCUUGUGAAGCUCAAGGAGAGCCGAAACCCUCCAUCACGUGGACCAAGGUCGCCACAGGAGCGGUGAUGUCAAUCCACUCCAGGGCUCAGCGUUUUGAGGUCUUGCCAAAUGGCACCCUUGUUAUCCAGAAUGUUCAGCUGCAGGACAGGGGCACGUACAUCUGCAGUGCACACAGCUUUCUGGGUCGUGACAGAUUACUAACCACCCUGGAAGUAUGGACCCGCCCCCCUCGAAUGCAGCUGGCCAGCUAUAGAGAAGCUACCAUUCAUCAGGGUGGAGAGGUGCACUUAGAGUGCCAGGCUGACGGCGUUCCCACCCCUCUGCUCUCUUGGGUUCUGCCUGAUCGUUCUGUCCUGACCUCUGCUGCCCCCUCUACCAGCCGCAUCACUAUGGACACGAAUGGAACCCUCCAUAUCUCAGUAGCUUUGCCGAGUGACAGAGGAGUGUAUCGCUGUGUGGCUUCGAAUUCAGCAGGUGCUGCCAGCGCCUCUGUGCGUGUCCACGUGUCCUCGCUGCCCCCGGUGAUACAGCAACGCAGAGAGGAACACCUGCUGCUGUCUCCAGGGAGGUCUGUUUAUGCACACUGCUCUGCCCGAGGUGCCCCGCCACCAACUCUGCGCUGGCGAAUCCCAGAUGGCACUCUAGUUCGCCCAUCCCAGUUUCUCCAUGGUAACCUGUUUGUCUUGCCCAAUGGGACACUGCAUAUUCGGAAAGUUGGGCCUAAGGACUCAGGGAAUUACGAGUGCACAGCGAGUAAUGCUGUUGGAGCCGAUAAACGGACAGUGAGGGUGCAACUUGAAAGAGGACCAGAAGGAGACAGAACACAGGGAGGAGCAAUAAAUGAAGGAGCAAAAGUAGUUGCUACUGAAAAAGCAUCUCCUUCAUCGUCACUCCAUAAAGACAGAACUUUGUCCAUCCCUGGCCAUCCCUCAAAUCCAUUCAGCUCCCCUAGACUCUCUCCUCCAUUGCCCUUUGAUAGAUCAAGGACCUUGCCGCUCACCCCCAGCUCUUCUCGCUCAUCUUCUCACCCUCACCGACCCAGUUCCACUAACUCGCCUCCUUUAAUCAAUAAAAUCGUCAGUGCCUCCCCAACGCACUCAACCAACAUCCACAAAACCAAUCUCUCCCCAGCCUCCACAGGGAAUACAACUAACACCAAAGUCUCACCCGGCAUUGUGAAUAACACAAGAGUUACUUCUUCUUCCCCCUCUGACAAAAGCAGAGCCUCCGCUGUGCUGCAUCCCUCACCCGUCUCCCCCUUCAGUAGAGCCCGUAUCAUCUCCACAUCACCCUCCAUCACCGCCGUCCACUACGGGGAGGCUUUGCAGCUCCACUGCGCUGUAACUGGCAACCCUACACCCAUCAUCAUUUGGAGGACCCCCAGCAGGAAGCUGGUGGAUGUGAACUUCAGUUUUGACCGACGUCUGAAGGUGCAUCCUAAUGGCACCCUGUCAGUCCAGGCAGUAACAGAGAAGGAUACUGGAGACUACCUCUGCAUCGCACGCAACAAGGUCGCAGAUGACUAUCGCCUCCUACGUGUCUCGGUGGCUUCCAAGCCUGCCAAAAUUGAGCCCAAGCAGCCAUUCAAUCAGAUGGUGUUAUUUGGCAAACCACUGAAGGUGGACUGUCAGGCAUCAGGACUGCCUGACCCAGCUGUCCGUUGGAGCCUACCAGAUGGAACCAUGGUGAACAGCGUGUUGCAGGGGGAAGACAGAGGCGGGCGAGCACGAAGGUUGACUGUGUUUGACAAUGGGACGUUACUGGUUCCAGCAGUGGGUAUUGGAGAAGAAGGAGAGUAUACAUGUUAUGCUGAGAAUCAAGGAGGCCAAGACAGCAUGAAGGUCAAAGUGAAGGUCAUGAUGACAUCUCCACCAACAUUCAGUGAUGACAGAAGCUACCACGUCAUCAAAGUCCGUCAGGGGGCAACUGCCACAAUUCGCUGCCAGGCCACAGGAGAUCCCGCCCCGACAGUGACGUGGUUUUCCCCGAUAGGCCGCGUCAUCCCACGAAGUCUGGGAUCCGGAUUUUACUCUGAGCGGGUUGUGGUGGUUUCAGGGGGAACACUCGAGGUGCGUCUGGCUCAAAAAAUUGACACGGGAAACUACACAUGCCGAGCGAGCAACUCAGCUGGGGAGAGGAGCAUGGUGGUGGGCCUGGAGGUGGAGGCUUAUAACUAUGGACAGACUCAGCAGGUGGGAGGAGGAGGUUGGAGUACUACCAAUGGUCAUAGCAGUAGAUCGAGGGACAACAUUAAUAAUGCAGGGAAGGUCCAGUACGGAUUUACCAAUGGAGUCACAAGCAGGCUUGGUAGCACCAACAACGGCAAUAAUGGCCAUAGUGACAAUAAUGGCAGGAUAAAAAACAUUGUACCAAACACUGGCAUUAACACACCAACUAGUGGCUUUAAUCCUGCCCUUAGAAGUGAUAGUCAAAAUGGAUUCAACAGGCCUGUUAGUGGAAUUACAACUCAACUUGGUAGCAGUGUAAUCAGUGUUGGGGUGGGCAGGGAUAUGGGCACUAGUGCAGAUAGCAUUGGAAUAAACAGAAAUGGACCUGGCGUAAGUAGUAGUAAUAGUGUGCGUAACAGUCACAGCACGGUAAGAGGAGAUAGUGUAGAAAGGAAUCCUGGGACGAAUAAUAAUGAGGUCAUUUCAGGAAAGGUGAGUAAUGAUGCAAAGACCGGUAGAGACAGUGGCAGGAUGAGUGGUAUUUCUAGAAAUGCUGGAAUUUUUAGUGGCAGUGUGUCUAAUAAUGGAGCUGGUACUGGCUCACUUAGAGGAAGCGGGUUCAGUGGGAGUAGUGGUACCGGAGUGACCAAUGAUAACAGUAGGAAUAGAGGUGGUUCAAGUAGUGCUGGUAUAGCUGUGAGUAAUGCAGGCACUAAAGACUCCAUGAACACAGUUGUGGGUGCGGUAACGACAGUGAAGCAACGAGCAGUGAAAGGCCAAACUGUUCUUUUGCCAUGCCCCUCCCAAGGCUCCCCUCCCCCUCGUCUGGCCUGGCUUCUGCCUGGUAAUGGCGUGUUGCCAGCUCCUUACUACGGCAGCCGACUCACCGUGCAUCGAAACGGCUCUUUGGAGCUGCGAGGCGUGCGGGUGAGUGAUGGCGGGACCUUGGUAUGUGUGGUUAGAGGUGAGAGAGGAGAGACGAGGAUACAGGUGGAGCUGGAGGUCUCUGAGCCACAGGAGGAGGCCCGAGCUCCGCACAGGGCACCGGCUGUGGAAAGACCUGUGCAGGGAAAUGCUGGUUUUAUUGAGGCGCCUCGCUCAUUGGAUUCAGAUCAGUCCUUAACUUCAAAGACAGUGUUGCCUGAGAAACUUCAUCCAAGAAUCCCAGCUACUCAAGCGUCUCCACACAGAGGCCCGUCUUUACCUGCUGCGCCUCGCCCAGUUGGCCCUCCACCCCGUUCAGCUGGCCCUGUCUUAGAGCCAGCAGUGAGCACCAGAACAGCCCCCUUGGUGAGCAUCAUUAACGGAGAGACCCUUCGUCUGCAUUGCCCUACUUCUCAAACUCAUGGAUACAACCAGGGCUCUCUCUCCUGGACCAUGCCCAGCGGCAAGGUACUGUCCUGGGGUGAGAGCGGUGACUCAGGCCGAUACCUAGUCCAUGAGGAUGGAACACUAACAGUGCAACAGGCCUCUGUGUACGACCGUGGCACCUACACCUGCAGAUCCACCAGUCAAGACUCCUCUUCAGUUUCACUUAUCACGGUGCCCGUCAUUGUCAUCGCCUACCCCCCACGCAUCACAACCGGCCCCUCCCCGGUGACCUACACACGGCCCGGGGUUGCUGUUGAGCUGCCGUGCCUGACUAUAGCAACACCCCGGGCAACAGUUACUUGGGAAACACCAGACCUGACACAGCUGAGGGUGAUGGGUCAGGCUCGUAUCUAUGGCAACCGCUACCUUAGUCCUCAGGGUUCUUUGGUGAUACAGAACCCGACAAGUAGGGAUACAGGAUUUUACAGGUGCAUCGCCAAAAAUGUAAUCGGAGUGGACAGCAAGGCGACCUACCUGCAUGUUAUAUAAUGGGGUGAAGCAAACACAGACACACAUACACACACAUACACAUGGAGCAGAAAGACUCCACCAGUCUUCUGUACUGGCAAAUGAACUCCUCUGCUGAUAACACCACAUGCCCAAAGGAACUGCAAGGCUCCGUGCAGGAGAUGCUGUUGAAUCUCAGAAAAGACACUACUAAUAGUUUGCAGGUAUAUGUCUCAUAUAUGUAUUUUUAAUUUGUGACUUUGUUUUCAAUACUGUAACGUUUUUGGACCGGGGGUGGCAAGAUUUUCUGCAGACUCAGUGUCAUGCAGUUUUCACUGCAUAAACAAACGUUGUGCCUUGUUGCCUGUGUCAUCGGCCUAAAACCCAUUUUGAAGUGAUGCCCGAGGAAGUCACAUAAAAUGCACAGCACAUUUAAGAUGGCUGCACAAAUGUAGAUGCCCACAUCUGAACCCUGUGGACUGUUUCAGGGGGAAAAAACAAAGCUUAGUGCAGUAAGUUUUUGCAACACUUUGUUUCCAUGCCUAACAUUUAGGUCUGGGAAAUAUGGAGAAAAAAUUUAUACUGCACUCCAAAAACGUGUUUUUCGUGGAAAAAACCCUGCAGCCUUUGAGGUCCUCACUUUGCAUGAAAACAAUUUUAAACGAAAGAGUUGCGAAACCAGGUCAAAAUUCUCCUCAGCUGGCAUGAAGGCCAUUUCAAGAAACUGGCUUGAUACAGACCCCCCCAGACAUAGACAGUGGUUCAAUAUAGCACAUGAAAUAUUUGGAAUGGAAACAAUGACUUAUUCUCUAAGAGUGAAUGAAGAUGAGAACAGAAAAUGGGAAAAAUGGAUUAGGUUUAGAAAUGAAGACAUUGGCACUGUAUAACACUAUUGACAGUAAUACAAAUUAUUGCAUACAAGUUUUAAUAAGCAAACAGAACUGUAAACUGCAUUGCUAGUUGUAAAGUGUAACCCCUCUUUGCAGCACUUUAGUCUUUAUUGCCUGUAUAAAUAAAGGCAAUAAAGACUAAAGUGCUGAAAAAAAAACUGCUAAGCCAGAAAAAAACAAACAAAAAAAAUGUUGGUGAUGCUGAAAGACAAGCAUGCUUUUGCUUUACUUGGCUUGAUAGCUUUAUUUAAUUACUUCAUGUAUUCAUCCACUAACACUGAACUACAGUAUAACACAGUAUUUUACUGACUGGGUCACUGAAUAUUAUAGAUACAACACGUCAUCACACUAGGAGGCUGUCUGUCCCUCACAGCUGUCUACAGGCACAUUCAUUUCCAAAUGUUGCAAACUGGGACUUUCACAAAUAUACUAUAUUACCUUUUUAACUAUGGAAAUACUUUUUGCAUUUUUUAUUUAUAAACUACAUAUUACAAAAAGGUUGGAUUUUGUGGUGCAUAUGUAGCAAAUACUGACAGUAGAAGUGUAGCAGAUAGGAUGAUAGAGGGCGUCAGCAUUAUGAUCCACCCACACACCACCUUCUUCAGGACCUGUUCGUCUCGUGACUUAUUUCAAACCUUGACGAAUAAUGUUCCACCACCACUGACUGUAUCCCACACUCUCACAGCACCACUGGGGCAGAAUGAGAUCCGGUGCAAAUCUUGCUGAUUAUUUUGAUUGUAUGAAUGUGCGUGUGGUUGAAGAGCCUGCCCUCAGCUUGUGCACAAAGCCAGCAUAGUUAUCAUGUUCCUGUUCUUUUUUGUUGUUUUCCUUUUGUCCUUAAAUUAUUUGUAUUGUAAAGACUCUGUUAAGACGUCAGCGUUUUGUCUUGAAGGGAGAAAUGAUGAAUUCUAACUAUGUAUG